AUGAAGCUUGACACGUCGCAUAUGCGGUACCUUACCGCCGACGAUUUUCGUGUCCUUCAAGCUGUUGAGCUUGGUUCCAGAAAUCACGAGUUGGUGCCCACCCAGAUCAUCCACUCUGUGGGAGGUCUUAAAUCACCUUCUGCUACAAACAGAUCUCUCGGAGACCUUGCCAAACUCAAACUCGUGGCCCGUUUAAGAAAUGCAAAAUAUGACGGUUGGAGACUCAUGCACACGGGCUUCGACUAUUUGGCCUUGAAGACCAUGUUGAACAGAAACUCCCUUUACUCGGUGGGAACUACCAUUGGUGUUGGUAAAGAAUCCGAUAUUUACUCUGUGAGUGACCCUAACGGUACACAGAAGGUUUUGAAAAUUCACCGUUUGGGUCGUACUUCUUUCAAGACCGUCAAGAACAAUCGUGACUAUUUGAAAAACAGAAAUACUUCCAGCUGGAUGUACUUGAGUAGACUCGCUGCGGAGAAAGAGUACGAGUUCAUGAAUAUUCUUUACAAUAACAAUUUCAUCGUGCCAACGCCAUAUGACUACCUGCGUCACUGUGUGUUGAUGGAAUGGAUUCAGGGAUACCCUAUGAAGCAUAUGAAGAAGUAUACCACAUACAAGAAGUUAUAUUCCGAGUUAAUGAAGUUCAUCGUGAAGUUGGCCAACCACGGCUUGAUCCACUGUGAUUUCAACGAAUUUAACAUUAUCAUCAGGAACGAACCAAAGAACGGAUACGAUUUUGUUGUCAUCGACUUCCCUCAGUGUGUCUCUAUAGAGCACCCUGAUGCUAAGUUUUAUUUUGACAGAGAUGUCGAGGGCAUACGAGCAUUUUUUGAAAGAAAGUUCAACUACGCACCUGGCCAUGAUGCUACCAUGUUUGACACUGAGGGUUAUGGUGAGGGCUACAAGUACGGCUAUCCCAACUUCAUCAGAGAUGUCAAAAGAGAAGCUGACCUUGAUACUCAGGUGAAGGCCUCAGGAUGGACGUCUAACAAAACAAGGGAGAGCAGGGACUUGGAAGAUGCUGUUCUGGGAAUGAGAGGUUUAGACUUGGAAGACGAUGAGGAGAAUGAGGCAUCCGAGGUAGAAGAGGAAGAGGAUGAUGAAGAUGACGCGGAAGAUCUCUACGACGAGGAAGAAUACGACGAGGAGGAGGAAGAAGAAGAGGAUGACCUACAAGAAGAUAACGAGAAAAUUAUUGAAGCCAUCUCUGCGGGAAACCAGAAUCUCAAAAUGGAUAAGUUGGGUAACUACAUAUUAGAUGAAUAG